AUGUCUUCGCAACAAGAAGAGAAGUCCGCAUCGGCCCAGGGCGAGGGCAGUCUCGGCGUCAACGCAAACGCCUCAGGUCAAGCCCAAGCACAACAGAAGACCCAGAAGCGCACGCCGAAGAAGCUCGGCAAGAACCAGCAACAGCAACCAACGCCCGACCAGACAGACGAAGGGGAUGCGGAAGGCGGCGCCGAAGAGCAGGCGGGAGCUGAAGCUGGAGCCGAGGCCGACGGCGAAGAAGAUGCCCAAGAAGCGGAGCCACAGCAGGAAUCUCGUCAACCAUCCCGCCGUCGCCAGAGCCGUGGACGUGGACGUAGAGGCGGCAACCAGGAGAGCGACACUGAGUCCAUUGCCCGUAGCGACGUGAGUGCUACUGGUGGUCGACGCCAGCGCCAGCGCCAGAAGAAGCAGCAGUCGCAGGCCAAGGGCUCUCAGGGCGGGCCUCUGGACGACAUUACGGAGCAACUGCCAGGCGGAGAGCUCGUCAAUCAGGCCGGCGAUGUGGUUCAGAACACCGCGGGCAACGCAGUCAACCAAGUGGGCGACACGGCAGGCAAGGCACUCGGUGGAUUGACUGGAGGCCAAGGCGGAGGAGAGGAUGACAAGGCGGAUGGCGGCGAACAGCUGCGUCUGCGAUUGGAGUUGAACCUCGACAUUGAGAUCCAGCUCAAGGCAAAGAUUCACGGUGACUUGACGCUUGGUCUGCUGAAUUAG